AUCAUGCGCUUCGACCAUGAGCGUAUCCCCGAACGUGUGGUUCAUGCCCGAGGCGCUGGCGCCUUUGGCACCUUCACGCUGCACAAGGCCAUCCCCGAGCUCACUACGGCUGGGGUAUUGACGGACACAUCCCGCGAGACGCCGGUGUUCGUGCGGUUCUCGACCGUGCAGGGUAGUAAGGGGAGUGCGGACACCGUUCGGGAUGUGCGCGGGUUCGCCGUGAAGAUGUAUACCGCCGAGGGGAACUGGGAUAUCGUCGGCAACAACAUGCCCGUCUUCUUCAUCCAGGACGCGAUCAAGUUUCCCGAUGUUAUCCACGCCGUCAAGCCUGAGCCGCACAAUGAGAUUCCCCAGGGACAGUCGGCUCAUAACAACUUCUGGGACUUCCAGUAUCUCCAUCCGGAGACCACGCAUAUGCAGCAAUGGGUAAGUGGCAUUUGGUUGUAUUUGUGUAACUGUGAACCAGUACUUAUAAUGGGUUUAGGUCAUGUCCGAUCGUGCGAUUCCCCGGUCGUACCGGAUGAUGCAGGGCUUCGGUGUCAACACUUUCUGUCUCGUCAAUGCACAAGGACAGCGCCACUAUGUCAAGUUUCACUUCACACCCGAGCUCGGUGUUCACUCCCUGGUGUGGGAUGAAGCCCUGAAGAUUGCUGGCCAGGAUCCUGAUUUCCAUCGCAAGGAUCUCAUGGAUGCCAUCGACGCCGGUCAAUACCCGAGAUGGAAGUUCGGUAUUCAGGUUAUCCCCGAAGAGAAGAUGGACGACUUUGAGUUCGACAUUGAAGAUGCUACGAAGAUCUGGCCCGAGGAGCUGGUGCCAAUUCAGUAUAUCGGACAAUUGGAGCUGAACCGUAACAUUGACGAAUACUUCACGCAAACCGAGCAGGUGGCCUUCUGCACCAGCCACAUUGUGCCCGGUAUCGACUUCUCCAAUGACCCCCUGCUUCAGGGCAGAAACUUCUCUUACUUUGAUACCCAGCUCUCUCGCUUGGGCCCUAACUGGGAGGAGUUGCCGAUCAACCGCCCUGUGUGCCCGUACAUGAACCUCGUCAACCGGGACGGCGCCAUGAAACACCGCAUCACCAAAGGCAAGGUGAACUACUGGCCCAACAGGUACAGCACCAAUCCUCCUACCGCGCCGGACCAAGGUGGAUUCGCUACCUAUCCGGAGAAGCAGCAGGGCGUCAAGACACGUGGACUAUCGGACAAGUUCAAGGAACACUUCAACCAAGCCCAGCUCUUCUACAACUCACUUUCGCCCAUUGAGAAGCAGCACGUUGCCAAGGCGUUUUCGUUCGAGCUGGAUCACUGCGACGAGGAGAUUGUGUACAAGCGCUUGUCUGAACGUUUGGCCGUGGUUGACCUUGAGCUGGCCAAGACCGUGGCGAAGAAUGUCGGAGGCGACACACCCACCGAGGCCGGUAAGCCGAACGAGGGUAAGACAUCCAAGGGACUCAGUCAGCUCGAGUAUCUCUCCGAUGACGCGCAGAUUGCGACUCGUCGGAUUGCCAUCCUAAUCGCGGACGGAUUCGACUACGACUCAUAUAUGAAGAUGAAGGAGGCUCUGCAGAAGCAGAAAGCGUUUGUCUUCACCAUCGGCACCCAGCGCCAGGGGGUAACGGCGGAGUCGGGCGAGAAGGUAGUUCCAGAUCACCAUUUCCCCGGUAUGCGGUCAACUCUGUUCGAUGCAGUGUUCGUCCCCGGAGGCAAGCACAUUGCUGCCUUGACCAAGAACGGCAUAGCCAAGUAUUGGAUCACCGAGUCAUUCGCCCACCUGAAACCAAUUGCCGGUCUCAAUGAGGCGGUGGACUUCAUUCGGAAGCAGAUUUACCUGGACGCAGUGAAGCACGCCUCCAGUGGUGAGGUGGUGGAGAGUUACGGUGUGGUCACCGGCCAUGGUUCCCCAGCAGAGCUACUGCAGCCGUCGUCAAAGAUUGGUAAGGACAGCAAGGGAUUUUUGGACCGGUUUGUUUGGCAGAUAUCGCGGCACAGAAACUGGCAAAGAGAGUUGGAUGGUCUGGCGGACGAGAUCGCGGCCUAGGUGGUUUGAAUCGUUGGAUAGUUAUG